ACGUAGUUUAGAUCAGCAGUUAACUGGCAUUGGUUGAGCGUGUUUCAAGCAACUAAAAAGUAAUAAUUUAUACAAACUCUCUCUCUUUCUCUCAUUCAUCAUUCAAAUACACAGAGUUUAUAGUCAAUCAACUGUAGAAUUGUACUCCUUUUUUGUGACUGAAACAGGAGCAUUGAUUUUACAUAUAUAAAUAAAUGUGUAUUGUGUGUGCGUGUGUAGAAAACGGAAAAUGUUUUAAAUCGAAUGAUUUGUGUGAGCAUAACAGAGAGAAAAAUUGAGCAAACAAAAUCCGUGCUGUGGGCGAUUGAAAUAGUGCGACUUUUGUAGAGAGUGUAAGCGAGAACAACAGUAACUGAGAGAAGAGAGAGUUUUAAUCUCGAAAAAAAAAAAAUCAACAUAAAUUCGACUAGUUGGAAUAUGUUAAAAGUUUUGAGGUUAACUACAGACAAUCUACGAAAUUUUUCACUGUUCCAGUUCACAAAGCUAUUCAAACAGGCAGCAGCGAAUCAAAUUUUACACAAUACAGAAAUUGAAAACGCAACAACAAUGUCAGCAGCAGAAACAAAUGGAUCUUCAGUGAAAACGACAGCACCUGCCACGGCAAAAACACAAAAUCUUGAUGGAAUCGUCAAAUUUCUUGAAUUGCUGGGCAAUCUCAAACAUUUGAAGCGAACAGGCUGGGUUUUGCGUAAUGUAGGUGACUGUGAAACCAUUGCCGGUCAUAUGUACCGAAUGAGCGUGAUGACGUUCCUUUUGGAUGGCAAAAGCGACUUGGAUCGAACGAAAUGCAUGGAAUUGGCAUUGGUACACGAUUUGGCUGAAGCUAUUGUAGGUGACAUAACACCUUAUUGUGGCGUAAGUAAGGAAGAGAAGAAGCAGCGUGAAAUGGAUGCAAUGCAGGAAAUUGCGAAAUUAAUCGCGCCGCGAGGACAGCGUCUCAUGGAAUUGUUUGAGGAAUAUGAAGAGAAUCAAACGCCAGAAUCGAAGUUUGUGAAGGAUUUGGAUCGAUUGGAUUUGGUGAUGCAGGCAUUCGAAUAUGAAAAGCGUGACAAUUGCAUUAAAACGCAUCAGGAAUUCUUCGACAGCAACGACGGAAAAUUCAAUCAUCCGCUUGUCAUUGAUCUCGUCAAUGAAAUAAAAGCGCAACGCGAAUCAGCCGCUGAAAAAGACGAAAAACAACAGCCAAACCAUGCAUCAGCCAACUCAAGUUGAUAAUCUAAAAUCCAUCACCAUGUCUUCUCUCCUUCCCUUGCUGUUCACAAUUUAAUAAUUACCGUGCGCUGCUAACAAUUUUCGAUUUACCUUCACUGAAAUAUAAACAUGGGCCAAUAUCUUCAAUCAAACAAACCACAACGCGAACUUAUUAUUAUUUUCUUCAAAAUUUAUUUGUUUUAGUUUUUAUGUUCCGUAGAAAAUAGGAGAAAUUCGAAAAUGAGCUCUUGCACCAUUUUUGACAAAGCGCCUUCAAUAUAAACAACCGAAUGGUUAAAAUAUACAUUA